GCCCAUACCUAAAGAAAACAUAUAUCUAAACAAUGUACAUAUGGAAUCUGAAGAUAAAUAUAUAAUUGAUGGUGUGGAGAUUAGAUCGAAACCAUGUCGAUCUAGACGUCGGGGUCAUAACCCCGAAGCUACAGGGGCACAGACCCUGUCUAUACCAGAUAUUACACCCCCGGAUACCCCGGGAUCUGAUAUAGAAAGUGAAGUGAAAGAGUUGGAGCUGGACCACCAUGAUUACAAGUACCUGGACCACCCAGCCGACGUAAUCCUCACGUCACAUGGCACUGGUAUUGCAUCAGCACUGGAAUCCCUGGUAAUCGCAAUGUUCGGUUAUAUGACGGACCUGUCUCUAGUAGAACCGAAAAAACGAAAACGAAUAAAGGUAGUCACCAACUCACUACCAAGGCUAAUAUUCUCCAUACUAGAUCAAUGCCUAUACCUCAAUAGCGCGUACAGGUUCCUAGUCAAAUACGUUAGGAUCAACAAUGGAAUUGACGUACACAAGCUGUUGAAAGGUGAUGUCAACGUCGAAGUCGAGGUUGCACUUUACGGCGAUACGUUUGACCACGAUGUCCAUACACAAGGAACUGAAAUUAAAGCAGCUACGUACCACGGUCUAAGAGCUGAAAUAAUGAUUGGACCACAUAAAAUCAUUAUUAGUGACGAGCCCUUGUAUCAGCAAUAUAGAGAUGAGUUGCCCGCAGUACUAGAAGAACUUAGCAGCGAUGACUUUGCAAAGGCCGACUUCAAGCUAUAUGCCCUAGUAGACAUUUGAUACCUUACUAAUAACCAUAUGUACAAAAAAUUGUAUACUACAUCGAUGAACACAGCCAUAGGAUCAUAACAGAGAAUACG